AUGGCUGAUGAUAGCGCAACGGCGGACGAGACGCCCGUCACCUUCCACAUCAAGGCCGCUGAAGCUAAAUUCACACUUACUCUUCCUCUCUCGACACAAGUUUCGCAGUUAAAGGAGAAGCUGUCAACUUCGGAAUACGCGGAUACCCCGGCGGACCGUCAGCGCUUAAUCUACUCCGGCCGAGUGCUCAAGGACAAUGAGACACUGGCCACCUACAAGAUCAAGGAGGGUCACACUGUUCAUAUGGUGAAAAGCGCAGCCAGCAACCAGCGCCAAAACCCUCCUGCGCCAAGCGCAUCGACCUCUGCGCCCACUGAUGCUGCCGCUGCAUCGACUGCUGCUGGUGUUCCCACAAAUCUCGCAGCUGGCACAGGGAACAAUCCUCUGGCCGGCUUAACAGGUGCUAGAUAUGCUGGAUUUGCACAAUUGCCUGGUGCAGGGAUGUUUGGUCCUGAUGGCGGGAUGGGCCCUCCUCCGGAUGAAGACAGCAUGCUUAACAUGCUCGAGAACCCUCAAGUCCAGUCCUCCCUCAACGAAGCCCUUCAGAACCCUGCAAUGAUCGAUAUGAUGAUUCAGCAAAACCCCAUGUUGCGCGACAUGGGUCCCGCCGCUCGCCAGAUGAUGCAGAGUCCCGAAUUCCGCCGCAUGUUGACCGACCCGGGCUCGAUUCGUCAGAUGAUGCAGAUGCAGAGAUCGCUUGGACUUGGCAGACCCGGUGGUGGUGGCGGCGCGUUCCCCGCUCCGGGUGUCACCAACACAACGCCGGAAGAGAACCGGGGACCUGAAAGCACACAAAACAACGACGGUGCUGCGCCUCCGCCUGCUUUUAACCCCUUCAUGCCCGCCGGUUUGGGCGCAGGAAAUCCCUUCGCGGCUCUUUUUGGCACUAACCCCAACAUGGGCGCGAACCCUUCUGCGGGAGCGACGACAGCAGGCGGAGACCAGCCGGCUUCCGCUCAGAGAGCGACAGGAAGUGCUUCUGCGGCUGAUACCACUACCGGAGAAGGACAGAACCAGCAGAAUGCACAGAACCCGUUCAGUUUCCUGAUGAACCCAGCCAUGUUUGGAGGACCGCAAGGCCAGGGUGGCGUCAACCCAUUCAACCCGCAGCAAAACCCUUUUCUUCGAGAUCCGGCCAUGAUGUCGCAGAUGAUGCAAGCGAUGGGAGGACAAGGAGGUGCCGGUGGUCCGGACCUCAAUUCCUUGGCGGCUCUGUUGGGAGGCGGCGGACUUGGUGCUGCUGCUGCCCCCCCGGACAACCGGCCACCUGAGGAGCGAUAUGAGCAACAGCUUCAUCAGUUGAAUGAGAUGGGAUUCUUUGAAUUUGAGAGGAACGUGGAGGCCCUGCGCCGUGCGGGUGGGAGCGUCCAAGGCGCUGUGGAAUAUCUGUUGAGCAAUCCUUCGUAA